UAAAACCCCAAGUCAUCUGGCAAAACAAAACAUUCCGCUGUCAGCCAAUUUACGGCCGAAGCUGAGCAGUUAAAGCCCGAAGAGGCCCGUGCAGAUGCUGGCGACAUAUUUACUUUAAAAAGCGCAACUUCUACACUAGGCCACAAUAUAGCGAGUCUUUUUUUUAGCUGCAACAGAAAGCUGUGGAGGGAGAAGUCGGGGAACGGACAGGAAAAGAAAAAAAACAAAACAAAGAUGGCUGUGUAGCCAGAAAGCAACAGAACUCUCUGUAGGUUUAGUCAUCGGCACGUUCCGAGGGUUCUGUGGACAGUCAGACGGUACCGGAGCAGGGACUGCGGGGAGCAGCCGAACCGGACCGCGCACCGGCUGUCGGUGCGACUAACGGCGUCGAGAGUGUAGGAGCAGCUGCGUGAGACCGAGUUGUUUUUGUUCUGCACAGGGAGAGGACUGCUGAGUUUGUGUCUCCGUAGCUAGUCCGCUAGCUUCACUGUAAGUCGGCUAAACUAGACAAAUUAUUUCAUUCUGAUUGUCGGUGUUACACUUUCGCACAUGGUUUUGUUAUUUUUAACGAUAUUAUUCACGCCGGUUUAUGUUGGGUCGUGUUCAUAUUUAGUUCGCCUCCCUUUUCCUACUGACAGCCUGCUCCUGGAGCGUUAGCUUAGCUCACGUUAGCUCGCCGUCAGCUGACCAUUAGCUCGACAGGUCGCGUGCUAACCGCGAGCUAACGUGUUCAUAAUUUCGGCUGAAAACAAGACACUUGAACGCGGCCAUCGCAAUUUCUUCAAUGGAGGAAAGAGACGUGGGCGUUGCGGCUGCCCCUGGCUCCUCCUCGGCCGGCCUGGGGGUCGGAGCCGUGGGGGCAGCGGUGGAGGCUGUGGCCGGGGUCGCGGCCAUGCAGGACGACGUCGGGAUACGGCGAGAGGGGCCCGAACCUGACCCAGACGAGCCCCCCAAGAAGAGGGUGAAAAUACCCGAGGGAGAGUCAGGAAAGCUGGAGGAGAGGCUGUACUCGGUGCUGUGCUGCACCGUGUGCCUAGACUUGCCCAAGGCGUCUGUGUACCAGUGUACCAACGGACACCUGAUGUGUGCCGGCUGUUUUAUUCACCUGUUGGCGGACUCCCGUCUAAAGGAAGAGCAAGCCACGUGUCCCAACUGCAGGUGUGAAAUCAGCAAGAACUUGUGCUGCAGGAAUCUGGCGGUGGAGAAGGCUGUCAGCGAGCUUCCGACAGAAUGUACCUUCUGCCUAAAACAGUUCCCUCGCUCCAGCCUGGAGAGACACCAGAAGGAGGAGUGCCAAGACAGGGUGACGCAGUGUAAGUACAAGAGGAUCGGCUGCCCCUGGCAAGGACCGUUUCACGAGCUGCCGGCCCACGAGAGCGAGUGCUCCCAUCCAACAAAGACGGGCACAGAGCUGAUGGGAAUACUGGGAGAAAUGGACCAUAAUCACCGUAGAGACAUGCAGCUGUACAACAGCAUCUUCAGCCUGCUCUGCUACGAGAAGAUCGGGUUUACGGAGGUCCAGUUCCGGCCGUACCGCACCGAUGACUUCAUCACCCGGCUGUACUACGAGACUCCACGUUUCACCGUUCUCAACCAGACGUGGGUGCUGAAGGCCCGUGUGAACGACUCCGAACGCAACCCCAAUCUCUCCUGCAAGCGCACGCUUUCCUUCCAGCUCAUCCUCAAGAGCAAGGUGAACUCUGCUCUGGAGUGCUCCUUCCUGCUGCUGAAGGGUCCGUAUGACGACGUCCGGAUCAAGCCGGUCAUCUACCACCACUCCUUCAGCAACGACGCCAACGAGACCGACUACGUCCCGCUGCCCAUCUCCGACUCGGUGGAGUGCAACAAACUGCUGGCUGCCAAAAACAUCAACCUGCGCCUGUUCAUCUUCCAAGUCCAGAAGUGAAGACCUGAAGAUCAGGAGGAGGAGAGGAUGAAGGACGAGAAUGAAGAUGAUUAAAGAGAACCAUUGUUACCUCUUAACACACACACACACACACACACGCACACACACACGCACACACACACAACUACACAUACUUCCUUUUUACAAGAUAGCGAGCUGCCUAGCUCGGGAAAGCUGUGAGUUGCUAUGGUGAUGAGAUGAUGUGGCAAGGAGGAGUGGGGGGUGGGGGCUGAUCUCGGGACACCUGCAACCAAAGGUUAAACACACACACACACACACACACACACACUGACCAAAGUGGAGUUUGCAGCUUGUUUUUGUUGCAUUUUGUGUUUCAGAGUAAACAGAGCAGAAGCAGCAGGGGCCAGGGGUCGUGACCCCAGCCCCAGGGACAAUUCACAGUAAAGCAAGUGACCCCCCCCCCCCCCCUCCUGUCAUCUAAAGGAGAGACGACUUGUCUGCAUGAAUAUUUUAGUUUCUUCCCCUCCAGCUGCGGUUCUAAUUAACCUUCAACACUAAUCACAUUUUUAUUUCUCUUAACCCCAAAUAGUUAAGAACCUGUGAACUUUGAGUUUUACUGUGAGAAUAGACGUGUGUGUGUGUUUUAACAAAUGACGGCUGUGGCGUCCUCGUAAGCACGUCCUCCUGAGCAGGACUUGGACCACUACUGGAUCUUUCAGGGCCUUCAGACGUUUAUUAUUUUGGUUUCUGCUCAUUUUAAACACUUUGUUGACGCUUUUCAUCACAGAAGUAAAAAAUAAAUAAAAUUAGUUAUAUUUAUAGUUCUAGCAUGAUAUUAAAGUGUUUUAGCUCAUGUUUUUAUACUUAACUUUCUUUUGAUCAACACAAUCUUGAUCUCUUAUUUGUUUUUAGACGUCUCGUUUGCUUUUAUCGGAUCACCAGAGAGUCCCGACACACAGCUGAUGGGUUCAAGUCCCCCAGAGGCUCGUUGUGACGAGUCCACAAGUCCCCAAACUGUCUCAGGGCGAUCUGGACUUUCCUUUUAAAGAGAUGACAUUUAUUGGGUGAUCCAGUGUGUGUGUGUGUGUGUGUUGUGGAAAUGAGGGUGUUACCAUAGAAACAUAAUAGUGCUAGAAUUACUUGAACAAGUGGAUGUUACUUUAGCAUCAUCUACUGUAAAGGCGGACAGAUCUCUCUCCUCCUGACCCACUUCCUGUUUGUCCACGUCUCAACGCUUCUGUCUCCAUGCCGGUGGUCUCACUCAUGUCACUAUGGCUGUACAUGUGCCUUUUAUUAAAGAUCAUGGAACCUGCA